AUGCACUACAAUAGCUCCCACAAAAUACUUCUCGUUGGAGAGGGCAACUUCUCCUUCUCGGUUUGCUUAGCCACCGCCCUCGGCUCGGGUGACAACAUCGUCGCCACGUCCCUCGACUCCAAAAAGACACUUUUGAGGAAGUACGGGGACGAAAUCGAGACGACUUUGGAAGAGUUGGAGGAGGAAGGUUGCAUUGUGAUGCAUGGAGUGAAUGUAAGAACGAUGAGCCAACAUCCUCUUUUGCGCAAUGAGUUAUUUGAUCGCAUUGUGUUCAAUUUCCCACAUGCUGGCUUCACAUACUCAGAAAUUGAACCCAAGCAAAUCAAACUCCACCAGAAUCUAGUGAGAUGUUUUGUGAGGAAUGCAGUGGAAAUGGUGUCUGAAAAUGGUGAAAUUCACAUCACCCACAAGACUUCACAUCCAUUCAGUGAAUGGGAGAUUGUGGAAAUUGCAGAAGAAGAGGGUUUGUUUUUGAAAGAAGAAGCAGAGUUCAGCAAAUGGGAUUAUCCAGGUUAUAUCAAUAAGAAAGGCGAUGGGCCUUAUUGCAACCGCACUUUCCCUGUGGGAUGUUGCUGCACUUUCAAGUUUGCAAAAGCACUUCCCAAAGAUAAGCACAACAAGGUUUCAAACUCCUUGGCUGCUGAAUUUGCACACCUCACAAUGUAA